AUUUAAAUGUUUUCAAUAAGCGCAUCUUGAGUUUCAGUGGACAAUGAACACAGCUAACUAUUUUGUUGUUGAAUAAAACGAUCAAAAUUGAUCUCAUCGGGAGGUUCAGUUCUAAAGCGUCCUUAGCACGAGGAAGUAAAACAGAAAUAAGUGUCCAUGGAUAAACUGACGUGGGCGGCAGUGGUCACUGUGAUCUGUUUGAACCAUUGCCAUUUCACAGAAACGUCAACGACCGUGGGCUAUGGAACAGGCACAUCAACAUCCACAGAGACUUCUGUCACAGAAUACAACACAACUAUACCCACCACAUCGACAGAGUAUAACUCAACCCUAGAUCCUUCUACUAAAGAUCACAAUGUUACGGCAGAUUCUACACAAGAUUUAACAACAGCUAAAUAUACCACAACGGAGGAUUUAACUACAACUAAACACACUAUGAUGGCAGAAUUGACGUCAUCGGACUACACAACAACAAAAUAUCCAAUAACGGAUCAUACAACAUCAGAAUAUCCAACAACGGACUCAACAACAAACUAUCUAACAACUGAUUACACAACACCUGAAAAUCCAACAACAGAUCACACAACAACAGAAUAUUCAACAACGGACUACACAACAACAGAAUAUCCAACAACGGAUUACACAACAGAAUAUCCAACAACGGACUCUACAACAAAAUAUCCAGCAACGGAAUACACAAUAACGGAACAUCCAACAACAGAAUCCACAAAAACACAUUAUCCAAUAACAUACACUACAACAGAAUACCCAACAACGGACUCAAUGUCAAAAUAUCCAACAACGGAUUACACAACAACAGAAUAUCAAACAAUGGAUCACACAACAACAGAAUCUCCAACAACAGAAUAUCCAACAACGGAUCACACAAAAGAAUAUCCAACAGCAGAUCACACAACAACAGAAUAUCCAACAACGGAUUACACAACAACAGAAUAUCCAACAACGGAAUACACAACAACAGAUUACACAACAACAGAAUAUCCGACAACGGAUUACUCAACAACAGAAUAUGCAACAACAGACUCUACAACAGAAUAUCCAACAAAAGACUCUACAACAGAAUCUCCAACAACAGAUUACACAACAACAGAAUAUCCAGGAACAGAUUACACAGCAACAGAAUAUCCAACAACGGAUCACACAACAACAGAAUAUCCAACAACGGAUUACACAACAACAGAAUAUCCAACAACGGAUUACACAACAACAGAAUAUCCAACAACAGACUCUACAACAGAAUACCCAACAAAAGACUCUACAACAGAAUAUCCAACAAAGGAUCACACAAUAACAGAAUAUCCAACAACAGACUACACAACAGCAGAAUAUCCAACAAAGGAUCACACAACAACAGAAUAUCCAACAACAGACUACACAACAACAGUAUAUCCAACAACGGAUUACACAACAAUAGAAUAUCCAACAACAGAUUACACAACAACAGAAUAUCCAACAACGGAUCACACAACAACAGAAUCUCCAACGACAGAUCACACAACAACAGAAUAUCCAACAAUGGAUCACACAACAACAGAAUAUCCAACAGCAGACUCUACAACAGAAUAUCCAACAGCAGACUCUAUAACAGAAUAUCCAACAUCAGACUCUACAACAACGGAUCACACAACAACAGAAUAUCCAACAACAGAAUAUCCAAAAACAGACUCUACAACAGAAUAUCCAACAACGGAUUACACAACAACAGAAUACCCAUCAACAGAUUACACAACAACAGAAUACCCAACAACGGACUUUAAAACAGAAUAUUCAACAACGGAUUACACAACCACAGAAUAUCCAACAACGGAUUACACAACCACAGAAUAUCCAACAACGGAUUAUACAACAACAGAAUAUCCAACAACAGACUCUACAACAGAAUAUCCAACAACUGAUUACACAACAACAGAAUAUCCAACAACGGAUUACUCAACAUCAGAAUAUCCAACAACGGAUUACACAACCACAGAAUAUCCAACAACGGAUUAUACAACCAAAGAAUAUCCAACAACAGACUCUACAACAGAAUAUCCAACAACGGAUUACACAACAACAGAAUAUCCAACAACGGAUUAUACAACAACAGAAUAUCCAACAACAGACUCUACAACAGAAUAUCCAACAACGGAUUACACAACAACAGAAUAUCCAACAACAGACUCUACAACAGAAUAUCCAACAACGGAUUACACAACAACAGAAUCUCCAACAACGGAUUACUCAACAACAGAAUCUCCAACAACGGAUUACUCAACAACAGAAUAUCCAACAACAGACUCUACAACAGAAUUUCCAACAACGGAUUACACAACAACAGAAUAUCCAACAACGGAUUAUACAACAACAGAAUAUCCAACAACAGACUCUACAACAGAAUAUCCAACAACGGAUUACACAACAACAGAAUAUCCAACAACGGAUUAUACAACAACAGAAUAUCCAACAACAGACUCUACAACAGAAUAUCCAACAACGGAUUACACAACAACAGAAUAUCCAACAACAGACUCUACAACAGAAUAUCCAACAACGGAUUACACAACAACAGAAUCUCCAACAACGGAUUACUCAACAACAGAAUAUCCAACAACGGAUUACUCAACAACAGAAUAUCCAACAACAGACUCUACAACAGAAUUUCCAACAACGGAUUACACAACAACAGAAUAUCCAACAACGGAUUAUACAACAACAGAAUAUCCAACAACAGACUCUACAACAGAAUAUCCAACAACGGAUUACACAACAACAGAAUAUCCAACAACGGAUUAUACAACAACAGAAUAUCCAACAACAGACUCUACAACAGAAUAUCCAACAACGGAUUACACAACAACAGAAUAUCCAACAACAGACUCUACAACAGAAUAUCCAACAACGGAUUACACAACAACAGAAUAUCCAACAACGGAUUAUACAACAACAGAAUCUCCAACAACAGACUCUACAACAGAAUAUCCAAGAACGGAUUACACAACAACAGAAUCUCCAACAACGGAUUACACAACAACAGAAUCUCCAACAACGGAUUACUCAACAACAGAAUCUCCAACAACGGAUUAUACAACAACAGAAUCUCCAACAACAGACUCUACAACAGAAUAUCCAACAACGGAUUACACAACAACAGAAUAUCCAACAACGGAUUACACAACAACAGAAUCUCCAACAACGGAUUACUCAACAACAGAAUCUCCAACAACGGAUUACACAACAACAGAAUAUCCAACAACGGAUUAUACAACAACAGAAUCUCCAACAACAGACUCUACAACAGAAUAUCCAACAACGGAUUACACAACAACAGAAUAUCCAACAACGGAUUAUACAACAACAGAAUAUCCAACAACAGACUCUACAACAGAAUUCCCAACAACGGAUUACACAACAACAGAAUAUUCAACAACGGAUUAUACAACAACAGAAUAUCCAACAACAGACUCUACAACAGAAUUUCCAACAACGGAUUACACAACCACAGAAUAUCCAACAACGGAUUAUACAACAACAGAAUAUCCAACAACAGACUCUACAACAGAAUAUCCAACAACGGAUUACUCAACAACAGAAUAUCCAACAACAGACUCUACAACAGAAUUUCCAACAACGGAUUACACAACAACAGAAUAUCCAACAACGGAUUAUACAACAGAAUAUCCAACAACAGACUCUACAACAGAAUUUCCAACAACGGAUUACACAACAACAGAAUAUCCAACAACGGAUUAUACAACAACAGAAUAUCCAACAACAGACUCUACAACAGAAUAUCCAACAACGGAUUACUCAACAACAGAAUAUCCAACAACAGACUCUACAACAGAAUAUCCAACAACGGAUUACACAACAACAGAAUAUCCAACAACGGAUUAUACAACAACAGAAUAUCCAACAACAGACUCUACAACAGAAUUUCCAACAACGGAUUACACAACAAUAGAAUAUCCAACAACGGAUUAUACAACAACAGAAUCUCCAACAACAGACUCUACAACAGAAUCUCCAACAACGGAUUACACAACAACAGAAUAUCCAACAACGGAUUAUACAACAACAGAAUAUCCAACAACAGACUCUACAACAGAAUUUCCAACAACGGAUUACACAACAACAGAAUAUCCAACAACGGAUUAUACAACAACAGAAUCUCCAACAACGGAUUACUCAACAACAGAAUCUCCAACAACGGAUUACUCAACAACAGAAUACCCAACAACGGACUUUAAAACAGAAUAUUCAACAACGGAUUACACAACAACAGAAUAUCCAAGAACAGAUUACACAACAACAGAAUAUCCAACAACGGAUUAUACAACAACAGAAUAUCCAACAACAGACUCUACAACAGAAUAUCCAACAACGGAUUACACAACAACAGAAUAUCCAACAACGGAUUACACAACAACAGAAUCUCCAACAGCGGAUUACUCAACAACAGAAUCUCCAACAACGGAUUACUCAACAACAGAAUAUCCAACAACAGAUUCUACAACAGAAUAUCCAACAACGGAUUACACAACAACAGAAUAUCCAACAACGGAUUACACAACAACAGAAUAUCCAACAACGGAUUAUACAACAACAGAAUAUCCAACAACAGACUCUACAACAGAAUAUCCAACAACGGAUUACACAACAACAGAAUAUCCAACAACGGAUUCUACAACAACAGAAUAUCCAUCAACGUACUCUACAACAAUGGAUAUUGAAUCAACUGUACCUCCGGUCGGGAUACCGUCCAUUAGCCUCUCGCCUCAGGUAGUAGCGGAACGGGCUUCAUCCACAGACAACAGUCGACUAGAGCCGGUGAUGAUCUGCCACUUCAACAAGCCAUUACCAGAUCUGUUUUAUAACUUCCGGUGGUAUAUCGAAAACAACCUUCUGACGGGCGCCAUGUUUGAUGGUGUGGCGGAAGACGAUAUAAAUACCACCGCGGUGCUCCGCCCCGAACACUGGACAUCACAAUACAACAUGAACAUGAAUGUCAAGUGCUCAGUAGCCGCCAAGUAUACACGGACGAGUUUGGCCGGUGGCUCCUUCUAUAGUCCUUCAUUCUUCGCCGGUAUAAAGUAUAGUACAACAUGGACAACCGUUGAAGAAGGAGAAACGGUAUCCAUUGAAGUCGUGAGUACACUUCCGGUCGGCUGCUCUGCUUCCUUAACAGAUUCUGAAAAAGAGAUUAGCUGUAAGGGCAAUUUACACAUCCGGUCCCUCGAUUGGAAAUGGUGUUGGAAUGGCGUCAGCUAUUUGUCGGUAGCAUUUCCAGACAAUGGCUGCAUGCUGUCAUUUCCCUAUAAAUACUGGAAGGAACCAGUUUAUCUUAACAUCACUGGUUAUGUAGACGGAAGGCGGAACUAUUGGUGGAGGUACGGUCGGGUAAAACUAGAAUCGUCGACGAACCCAUCGGACGCCUCGAAAGCAUGGGAUAAUAUCAACGUUCCGCAGACUAUUUGGGUGUCUGUGUACGACAAACCUGGAUGGGGAGGACAUUACUGCUACUCCUUCAGCGAUCCCUACAUUUAUACUUUCGAUUAUCGAUUUUAUGCCAAUCAAAGAAUCGGGGAAUUCGUUCUUUACCAACAUAAAACCCUACCAUAUUCAGUUCAUGUGCUUUAUUCGUCCUGUUUUCCUUGGCGAAGGGCAUCCUGUGCAUGCGGUAUCGCCAUAAGAAGCGGAAGUAGCUUGUACAUCGUUCGCACAUGCGUGGAAAUCUCGUACAGGCGAAUAAAUCUCCUCAGCGUCCCAUAUGAAAUGUACAGUGGCUGUGAUGAGGACGAGUUAGUUGUGCAGAAAACGUACUCUUGGUACAGGGUAACUCUAGGAAGCGGUACUGAGAUUGGAUUCUACGUCAGCAGAUGGUCCAAAUGGAUUACGUUCAUCCAGAUCGUGUCUUCCGCUUUGGACGGUAAUAAAGUAGAAGGAAUGUGUGGAAACUAUAACGGGGACUGGUAUGACGACUUCAUCCCCAGAGGCGAGACCACACCCACCUGGAAUAGAUAUUGGUUCACAUUGUCCUGGAGGGUACCAUGGCGGGAUAGUCUGUUUGCAAAAAACCCUUCCGCACUGAGUGGUGAUGGAUCUGUUACUCAGAACAACGACCCGGUAUACAGCACCAAGUUCUGUACUUGUGCGUCCUACUGGAGCUUCAGCUACAACCGCAACUACGCCAAAUGUCACCUGGCUGCUCCCACAGAGCCGUGUGCAAGUUCCGUCAGUCAGACGGUCAACGUGUGUUCCCAAAACAGGCGGAAACGAGACACCGUGGAUUCUGAUGAUGUCAUAGAUGAACAGGAAUUCGGAUACGAUCCCGAAUAUAAUGACACCAUAGAGCUACCAGAGGCCACAUGGACAAACGGUUGGAACGAGACUGCAGCCACGGACUUCUGUAACGAGACAUUCGCCCUUGACCCCGUGGUGUCCUUCUGUAUAGAACAGGUCAACACUAGCGUUGCCAAGUACAUAAAUGGCUGCAUUAGCGACAUUGAGAAAAUUGGAAGCACAGAUUUUGUGGAGACAACACUGGACACGCUGAAGAAAGAGUGUGUGACGACAGCGACACGUGACGAGAGUUUCCAGAAGUCCGAUAACUCCAGCUCUAACAGCACAGAUGGAGGCGGGCUGAGUAUCUUGGACAUGUUAUCCACCAUGGUCUGCCCCAACAACUGCUCACAAAAAGGAGCGUGUAUCAACGAGACGUGUAAUUGCCAGGACGGAUAUAUUGGAGAUGACUGCUCCUCCCAGCUUUCUGUUCCACCCUCAGAUCUGACUGUCCCUCAGCAUGGUUUAUGUGAUACAAGUGUACGAGCGUGUAGGAAAACCAACGUGAUCGGAACUUUUAAUUCCGAAUACAUCAGUGCCAACUUAGUGUACUUCAAGGCAACAAGUAAUGGAAAAGAAGUACAAAACUACUCAAAGUCAGCAAAUGUCACGUAUCGUCAUAUGAACCUCGUGACUGUGUCAAUUCCGGAUCCUCCAUCCUCGAGCAGGCGCAAACGAUCUACUGAAAGUAACAUACAUGGUUGGGAUAUACAACUUAGUUAUGACGGCAGUUCGUUUGGUAACUCGACCACUAUCUUGUUGUACAACAGUCUGACGGAGACCUGCGAUGCUACGACUUUGAUAUGUACUGUUAGGCCCGCCAUAGCAAAUGACACCAGUUCAAACCCAACAGAUGGUGUGAAUGUAGUAAUGGUGGCAGGAGUAUCUGUGGGCGGGACUGUUGUCAUAGUUACUGUAUGUGUAAUCAUUUAUCUGAAGACCCGGAAAAAAGAGAUCCACCACAAGAGGAUAAGUAAAGUUUAUCCUGAGGAAGGAUCCAGUGAAGUGUUUGCAAGAAGAUCAUCACCCAAAAUGGACCAGAGGCCUUUUGACUUGCACUGAAAUUACCAGAAUAUAUGAGAGUGCGAGGAUUUUCAUUUUAUAUCAUUUGUCUUUAGACUACUGUAUACAGAGUUAUUUUCGCCCCGUGUUAUAUUCGCCUUUCUGUACUUGCUGGUGGUUUCGCUCCGUUUUAAAUUUGUCUAGACACAGUUGUUUAAAAGAGAGAUUAGAGAAAAAACAAUUUCGUCCAGUUUUAAAUUCGACCACUGACAACAAGGGCGUAAGGGGCGAAAAUAAAACGGGGCGAAUAUUUCCCUGUUUACAGUAUAAUUAUAUUGAUGCAGCGUCCCUCUUUCUGACUGACUGUUUCUACAUCCGUCCAUCCGUCCGUCCAGAUUUUCUGCACAUACCUCUCUUUUUAUUUAUGCUUUCGCAGAAAAGAAAUCAGAUGUUUUGUUUGCUUACUAUUUUAGAAGUCUUUAUUAUCAAAUAACAGGGUGACUAGUGGGGGGUAAAGUCUCCACAGAGACCCCCUCUUAAUUCUCACAUAGAAUGUCAGGUACCCCUGGAUUGAACACAUUUACAGUUUAUUGUUGUAUAAUGUAUUGAUGUUAGGGGAGUAAUCAUUGUUGUAUAAUAUGCUGAUGUAAGGGGCGUACUUAUUGUUCUAUUAUAUUGAUAUUUAAUGAAUACUCGUUGUUUUAUAACAUUGAUAUUUAAGGAGCCCUCGUUGCUAUGUCUAGCACAAAGUUUUAAAGUACUUGUUUCUUUUGUUUUUCUUCCGUAUUAUUAGAAUUUGUAGCUCAUGAUUUUCUCCUUUUCAUCACGUUUUCAUUAAAUGAAGAACUAUAUGCCAGUAGCAUGCACAUAGAGAAACUCGA